CGAAUGAAUCUUUCCCAAAUCUUAUUUUUACUAUUUCCAAAGGAAAAGUCCUCUACAUGUUGCGAUUCGAUUCAUUGAGUUGCGACAUCCAUCUGUUCUACAGUAGUGGUGUCUAUUGCAUAGCUACUGGGUGGUAGCGAGAGUUAUCAAUAUGCUUCUUCCUGCUGCUGUUGGGCGGCUGAUGGCAAUUCCAAUUCUAUUUGUAUGCGCCAUCCAAGCCACACUUGGUGAUACUUCUCACGAGCCUUCAUCGAUACAACCCAAGGAUAAUGAGGUCAACCUGGAGAAGCUACUGCUGUCAGUUCCAGACCAUGAGCGCCUCCGAGAGUCCCUGCGGUAUAUAACCAAGCGAUCGCAUGUUGCAGGAACGGAAGGUGAUUGGGAAAAUGCCUACUAUGUACGGGAUCGGCUCAGAGAAUUUGGAUUUGAUGCCAAUAUUGAAGGGGUAGAGGUGAUGAUGACAUAUCCUGUUGACCGGCCCAAAGUGUUCACAUCGGAAGGAUAUCAUGCCAAAAUGAGUGAAGACAUUUUGGUGGAGGAUGUUACAUCUGGAACAACUCAAUGGAGAAAUCAUACCUUUCUAGCUUACUCACCAUCUGGUCAAGUCACUGGCAAGCUUGUGUACGCCAAUUUUGGAAUGCCAGAAGAUUUCGAUGCAUUGGGAAAAAUGGGUGUCACUGUCAAUGGAACCAUUGUGAUUAUGAGAUAUGGAGGAUGUUUUCGUGGCCUCAAGGUAAUGAAUGCAGAGGAACGAGGGGCCAUUGGAUCCAUCAUUUACUCCGACCCACAGCAAGAUGGCUUCUCUCAAGGUCCUACCUAUCCAAAGGGACCCUGGCGGCCUCCUUCCGGAGUCCAACGAGGCAGUGUGCAGCACAUUUCAAAGUGUGCAGGAGAUCCCUGGAGAAUCUAUCUCAACAAUAGUCAAUCGUCAAACUCCACGGUCAAAGAAGUGUGCGGAUAUGAAACACACGACAUGAUUCCAAAGCACCCUGCAGUUCCUCUCUCAUACGAGGAUGCAAUGCCUCUUUUGGAAAAACUGGGUGGUCUCAGUGCUCCUUCAGAGUUUCAAGGUGGCCUUGCCUUUAACUACACAGUUGGGCCCUCUGACUUUGAUGUGACCAUUCACACCAACCAUACAUUCUUCCCAAGGACUAUCCCCAACGUAAUUGCAACCUUGACAGCUGAGGUCAGCAACAAGGCCAAUACGACCUCAGCUGUCAUUCUGGGUAAUCAUCGGGAUGCUUGGGUUUUUGGUGCCGUUGAUCCCAACAGUGGCACCACAGCCCUUCUGGAAGUGGCUAGAACCUUCCAAGUCCUCAAACAGACUGGACAAUGGAAACAAAGGCGCGACAUCAUCUUGGCUUCUUGGUCUGGAGAAGAGUAUGGAUUACUUGGGAGUACAGCCUAUGCAGAACUGAAUGCCCAGGAGAGCCAGAACAGGGUCAUCGCUUAUUUGAAUGUCGAUUGUGCUGUCAAGGGUAAUUACUCGCUUCAAGUCAGCGCCACUCAUUCUCUGGCAAAGUUAUUUCGCGAAGCUGCCCAACAGGUUCCAGCUCCACCUGUACUCGCCUCACCCUCUCAACAAAGCAACAACACCAGAAUUCUGAGGCGCAAGACUCCUGUAGCCAACAAUCGAAGCAUGGCGGAUGUAACAAUCUGGAAAGACCAAGAGGUGCUAACGUUGGGUAGUGGAAGUGACUACACCGCCUUUCUGGAUCGCCUUGGUAUCAGCUCUUUAGAUAUGUCCUUCCUUGGAUCGUAUGGACAAUAUCAUUCUGUUUAUGAUUCCAUGUCUUGGAUGGAACAACAGGGUGACCCUACAUUUGAGAUUCAUCAAGCCAUGACAAGAUUGUGGGCUUUGCUUGCCUUUAGGCUGGCAACAGAUGAGAAAGUCCCGAUUCACAUGACAGAGCAGGCAGCACGACUGGUUGAGGAUCUCCAGGUGGUUGACACAUCAAUACAAGAAAAGUUUGGCAAUCAAGUCGACACAUCAUCCUUAGACCAGGCAGCUAUGCACUUUUUGAAUGCGGCAAUGGCCAUCGACAACGAACACUCUCGUCUUGGCGAGUAUGCGACAACUUCUGCCUCGCAGAUCGAAGACAUCAAUAGGCGCCUUUCAUUGGUGGAACGGGAAUUUCUUGGACCAGGCCUACCCAAGCGACCAUACUAUCGUCAUGUCUUACAGGCUCCUGGUUACUACCUUGGAUAUGGAAGUCAACCAUUUCCAGGUAUACAUCAAGCUUUCUACGAUGGUGAUGCAAAGUUGGCGCAAUCUGAGGUUCUUGUGGCAGCCAAGGCUGUUUCCAAUGCAGCCAGUCUUCUGCGAGGCGACCCUACAUCCAAGCUGCCUAUGGAAGGACAGCGUCAGCAACAUUAAAAUCACUCCAGUCAAUAGGGACUGCAGAAGUACACGGAUCUAUCUCUCUACUUUUCCUGUCGUAUCCAAUCCCUAUCUGGGCGCCAGAAUAGUCACAUCACUAUAGAAACGCCACGGGCGGGACAAUUAGCAUCAAGAAGCAUUUGUUAUUAAGAAACCAUCAUGAAUCCUUCAGCCAAGGAGACUCUAGCACUUGCUUUGCCGUCCAUCUUUCAAGUGGGUUUAGCUUUAUAGAGUGUGGAACAAAACACUCAGGGCUUCUGGA